GCAAUCUGUAUUUGGGGCAUGGAAACGCCAUCGACUGUACGAAGAAGGCAGACUGUUCCUCAGGAAGCUGCCCAUCGAAUGUCCUAACAGCAAACAUGUCAACAAACACUUCCUUGUUCUCAAAAAUCCUGAGCAACGUUGGAAGCCCUCUGGUGGGGCAUCAUCAGCCCACCAUCUUGGGGAAGGCAAAUACUUUGACCCCUACCAAGAGUGAACUGGAAGCAAAACUAAACUGUGAAGUACCAACCAACAGUGCUACGCCAUCGAUGGACUUCUCUGCUCUUACGGCAGCUGAUUUUGGCAUUACCCCAGAAUCUUUUACUAAACGACAUAAAGGAGAAUCCAAGAGCUUGUUAAAAAAAUUUAGAAGGCGAUCUACGAUUGGAGUGCGGGGUUCUCCAGAAAAUAAUUCCCUUAUCCGGCACAUAGCUUGCCAAAAGAGAACAAAGAUGCAAGAUACGUUGAUGCAGGCCAGUCCUUUUAAAGAACGGAACAGUUUACUAAAGAAUAAAAUAGCUGCCUUCCAAUCAUCGUUUAAGCCACUUGAAGAAACUCAGGAAAAAGUCAAUCCCUAUAAUGAAGCUGACACCAGUUUACAAGAACAGUCUAAACUUGGCCAGGUUUUUGAGGAAGGCCUAAAUGACAAAUCCAUUAAUGGUGUGAGAACAUCGGCUGAUAUCCAGGUGCACAACUUUGUACCUCCAUCGCAGAAACUUCUCACUGGCUCAAUUGCUGUUUCUAAGGCUGUUCCUGCCUUGCUGGCAAGUACAUCUGGAUACUUGCCUUUGGAAACGACUCCAAGUAGGGACAUAUCAAAGGAUGAACAUGGUAUCCAGUCUUCACAUACCAAUGAAGAAUUAAGCAUCAAUACUACAGCUCAAUACAGCUGUAAGAAAGUUAGAUUUUCAGAAAAGCAGAGGUUAGAAAUAUUUGAUCAAGCCAAGCCGCCCAUUACUCCUGUGCAAAAGAAUCACUUGCCUUCCAGUUCUCUUCGUUCUGUUCUGAAGAAAACACCAGUAAAGAUGUUAACAGAAGGGUCAAGUGAAAAAAGUUCUAACGUAAUUCCUCUCAAGCAAUCUCUUUCCCAACCAAACUUUGACCAUGAUGAUGACCUUCUUCAAGGGUCAUCAGAAGUAUUGUCCACUACUGAAUAUUCCAUGAACUCUGAUCUGAAAGAAACGAAAGAUAAUUCUUCUGACCUCCAGACUGUUAGGAUCACUCGGUCCUCAACUAAAACGAAGUAUGUCAACAAAGGAGAAGAAAAGGCUCUUAGCCUAGCGAACAAAAUGCAAGCCAAGAAUUCCAAACGGGAGCACAGCAAAUUGCAGAAAGCCAAACCAGCAACAAAACCUUCUUCUAAAAAGACACCAACUGCCAGGCGCAAAGUUUUUGGAAAGAGAAGAAGGAGAAAAAAAGAGCAGAAAGCACUAUAUGGACAGCGAGAGACAGUAUCGAAGAAACCUCUCCUGAGUCCAAUUCCUGAAAUGACAGAAGAUCUCUCCUUUAUGUCAUCUUACCGAAGCACACCAAAAUCACAAAUGUCCAUCUUCGAUGAUUCCAGCUCGAGUGUCACUGCUGAAAGCAAUGGUGUAGUACAUAGUAAUGAAGAAGAUGGCAGCUGCCUGCAUUCCAGCCUGGAUCUUCUGAAGGAAGAGGACUUAUCAAGCUCAUCCUCACAGCUUCAAGAUGCUGCUGUGUCUGACAUGAAAAAUUUGCUUCUUUGGGACCCAGCUGAGAAGACCUCUCCUGAGGAAAUGAAGAGCACCUUAAAUGAAAACGAGCAGGCGUUGAAAAGUGACUGUCCUUCAGGCGAGACUGAGAUGCAGAAGGAGCCGGAGUUACUAAAUCUGCAAGGAACUGAUGAAAAUAAAGAAACUAAAGGAGAUUCAUUCUUCAUUGUCAAUUCUGCAAUAGAGCUGAUGAAUGAAAGCAACAGUAUGAACUUUAAAAGGUUUCCAAGGAGGAGCAGAAGACUUGCUUGCUAUCUUCCCAAUGUUGAGGACGAUCAGUCUGAAGCACCUGGAAACAAUUCCAGUGUUCUUGGAGGUAAUGUGGAAGAACUACCUCCUAUGCCUCAGACAGGAAAUGACUCUGAGCUCUUAAAUCAUUUGCAGUGCUCUAUAGAGGAAUCUUUCAGGGCUGUGCCACGGAGGGUGAGACGCAGCAUGAGGAGGCUUAAAGAUGCAGAAAAUGAGGGGCUUGCCUGGGUCCAGAUACCUGCUAAUAAUUCCAUAAGCCAGGCUCCCCUGGGUUCUGCCUGCAAAGCCCAGAGACGAAUGUCCUCCUCUAGUCCUCAGGAAUCAGAGCUGCUUCAUCAAAAGCGAGUAAAUGGGGCCCAGAUGGUAUUGCCUACGAAGGAAGAGCAGGAGAACAUGAUUGGACCCUAUGAAUCAAGGAAACGGAGGAAGAGUAUGUGUGUGCUGAGCUUUGAAGAAAAUAAAAACAUGGUCUUGCACGUCCAGAAAAAUAGAAGAGCAAGCCUUGGGUACAAAAGCGAUUACUGCUACCGAAAGGAUUCUGAAAUGACGAAGUUCUUGGCGAAUCACCUUGUGGUUUAA